UCGCCUCGUGGGCCGGGGAAAAUGAAAGACUUUGGAAGUUGCCAGGAAUUUGACUGCGAGCUGGUUUCCAAGAGGCUAAGUUAAGCUUCUCCAAGUGGAUAUUAAAAAGGAGCAGCAGGCCUGGCGGAGGGGCUGGAGGGGGUGGAGAGAAGGCCGGAAGCCGCCCGCUGCACCCUACGCCUCCGGAGCCUGCCGGCGCACAAAGCCCAGACGGGCCGGCCGGACCCGGGCUGCGGGAGCCUCGCGGCCGCCCCCGUCCCACCUCCUCUCCCGCGCGGCCUCCGGCUCUUCUCCCUCCCGAUGCACAGAGACAAUGCUACCUCAGUUUGGGGCACAAACAUAUGAUCAGCACAUGGAAAUGUGGUAAUUUGGAUGCGUUCGUGAUUGCAACAGAUUGAAGAAAUUAGACCAGACAAAGAGUGUUUUUGGAGGAGGAGGAGGAGGAGGAGGAGGCCGAAAGAGGGAGGGCGUCGGGGGUGAGAAGGGGAGGACGCCUCUGGAAAGGGGGACGCCGGGACUCCCGCCUGCUGCUAAAUAUAUCCGUAGUAAUGGAGAGAGACCGGAUCACAGCCCUGAAAAGAUCUUUUGAGGUCGAGGAGGCCGAGACGCCCAACUCCACCCCGCACCGGAGGGUCCAGACCCCUGUGCUCCGGGCCACUGUGGCCAGCUCCACCCAGAAGUUCCAGGACCUGGGAGUGAAGAACUCCGAGCCUGCAGCCCGCCAUGUAGACUCCCUCAGCCAGCGAUCCCCCAAGGCUGCCCUGCGGAGGGUUGAGCUCUCGGGGCCCAAGGCCGAGCCCGUGUCCCGGCGCACGGAGAUCUCCAUCGACAUCUCGUCCAAGCAGGUGGAGAGCGCCGGUGCCACCGGGCCGUCCCGCUUCGGGCUCAAGCGAGCAGAGGCACUGGGCCACAAGACGCCGGAGCCUGCCCCUCGGAGAACAGAGAUCACCAUAGGCAAGCCCCAGGAGUCAGCUCACAGGAGGAUGGAGAGCCCUGCCUCCAAGAUCCCCGAGAUGCCCACAGCUCCCGCUGUGGACGCAGCCCCCAAGAGGGUCGAGAUCCAGGUGCCCAAGCCAGCCGAGGGGCCCGCCUCCCCGCUCCCACCCCAGACCCUGGAGAAUUCAGAACACGCCUUGAUGUCUCAGCUGCAGAGCCGGCUGGAGCCCAAGCCCCAGCCCCCCGUGGUCGAGGCUCCCCCCAAGAGCCAAGAGGCCCCCGAGGCAGCUCCUGGCUGCGUUGGCGACAUGGCUGACACCCCCAGAGACGCCGGGCUGAAGCAGGCGCCCGCGCCCCGCAAUGAGAAGGCCCCCGCGGACUUCGGCUACGUGGGGAUCGACUCCAUCCUGGAGCAGAUGCGCAGGAAGGCAAUGAAGCAGGGCUUCGAGUUCAACAUCAUGGUGGUCGGGCAGAGCGGCUUGGGGAAGUCCACCUUGAUCAAUACCCUUUUCAAGUCCAAAAUUAGCCGGAAGUCGGUGCAGCCCACCUCGGAGGAACGUAUCCCUAAGACCAUUGAGAUCAAGUCCAUCACGCACGAUAUCGAGGAGAAGGGCGUCCGCAUGAAGCUCACAGUCAUCGACACGCCGGGCUUUGGGGACCACAUCAACAAUGAGAACUGCUGGCAGCCGAUCAUGAAGUUCAUCAACGACCAGUAUGAGAAGUACCUGCAGGAGGAGGUCAACAUCAACCGGAAGAAGCGCAUCCCGGACACGCGCGUGCACUGCUGCCUCUACUUCAUCCCCGCCACCGGCCACUCCCUCAGGCCCCUGGACAUUGAGUUCAUGAAGCGCCUCAGCAAAGUCGUCAACAUCGUCCCUGUCAUCGCUAAGGCCGACACGCUGACCCUGGAGGAGAGGGUCUACUUCAAACAGCGGAUCACCGCGGACCUGCUGUCCAACGGCAUCGACGUGUACCCCCAGAAGGAGUUUGACGAGGACCCGGAGGACCGGCUGGUGAAUGAGAAGUUCCGAGAGAUGAUCCCGUUCGCCGUGGUGGGCAGUGACCACGAGUACCAAGUGAACGGGAAGAGGAUCCUUGGCAGGAAAACCAAAUGGGGCACCAUCGAAGUCGAGAACACCACCCACUGUGAGUUUGCGUACCUUCGGGACCUCCUAAUCAGGACGCACAUGCAGAACAUCAAGGACAUUACCAGCAGCAUCCACUUCGAAGCCUACCGCGUGAAGCGCCUGCACGAGGGCAGCAACGCCAUGGCCAACGGCGUCGAGGAAAAGGGGCCCGAAGCCCAGGAGAUGUAGACCCGCCCUGCCCCCCGGGACCCGCCCCUCCCCAGCCCUUUCCAGCACCGCCCCCAGGCCCGCCCACGUGCCCCGUUUUAUUUUAUACAAUUUCCUCCACUUGCCGUCAUUCUCCACCCCUUCACACGCUGCCCAAUAGCAAGGUCACGUGCGCCCGCCUGCGUGUGCGUCCUUAGCCGCUCAGUGCGGGGCCUGGACCCGGUCCUGGGACGGGAGGGGCAGGAGGGGGGCCUCGGGCCUGGCGCCAGGCCCCAGCCUCUGAGCAAGGCAGGCCUGUGCAGGGUGGGGUGGGGGGGCCGGCCUGGCCAGCCUGGAGCCCCUUCCUGCCUGCUCCUCCCUACACGGCCCAGGCCAUAACUCAGACCCGUAACUCAGACAUCCUUCCCCCUUGCCUCCCGCCCCAGGGGCAACUAGUUAAUUCCAUGAGAUGCAAGUUGCCAAUUGCUUAGACGUGGGGAGGCCCAUCAAUGCCCGCCCGCCCGCGAGCCCGUCCUGCAGCAGAAAGUGCCUUUAUCUCAGCCGUCCACGAGCCCGCCUUCUCUCCCCCGCUGUCCCCGCAACCAGCACUGGGGACAUAUCGGAGAGAGGGAGGUGUGUCUUCAUCUCUCCAUCGCCCUCCCAUCCCCCAGGAUUCGAUUGAGCGUGCAAGGGAAGGGAAAAGAUGCCCCCCACUCUAGCCCCGCCCCGUGGUUUGGGGGAAGGUCCCAGCAGGUGAAAUCCGGUGGAGGAGCUGAGGGAAGAGGAGGUGACCAUGUGGGAAGGAGGGGACUGUGUGGGCUGGGGCUGGGCCGUUCAGAGUGGCCCAGGUAACCCCCGCGUCUGCCUGUACCGCCCCGCGUGACUGCGAGAGUGUGUCUGUCUGCCUGUCUGGAUAUCUCUGGCCUAAGAUGCUCCACCUCGGGUACACCCAUUCAGCCCUCCUGGGCCAGGUUUGGCUGAUACCUUGACCCCGGGAGCUUUUGUCACCCUAAAUAUGCCUGGGUUCCCGCACCCCAGAGCCCAUCGUAAAUACCUCCCGCCCCAAAGAGGGAGAGGUCAGGAGGCAGAUGUGCGUGGGCCCUCAUCGGGGUGCAGCCCGGGCUGGCUUCUAGCAAGGGGAGGGGAGGGGACGCAGACAGGCCUGUGCCGGGGGGGGGGG